AAGCCCUAGAACGGAGAGUUGCCAUGCUCUGCCAUGGAUUGAGGUCUUGAGUGAGCCCAGUUACAUCCUAAAUCAAUGCAAGGAAUUAACAAAACCAGCUAAGAUCGAGUCUUGAGCUUUGAGAGAAAAUUUAAACAGAAUUUCUGAAUUUAGGUGAUUUUUUACAAAGGAUCACAUCAUGUUCAAGAAGUCUAUUGAGGCAAAGUCCCUGCAACGCUUGUCUGGUGCAGAUCGUAAGAAGCUCAAAAGAACUGUAAAGGAAAGAUUUCCACAAGCAUCAGAUGCUGAUAUUGAUGCCAUACUUCCUCCUAAGGUGGAGAUAACAGUUGCAAAGUUCCCAAACCGGGUACUUGUAUAUGGUGUAGAAGGUGGAUUUCCAAUGCUUUUUGAUGUUGAUGGGCGAGGCAAUGAAAUAUUUCCCACAGUGUAUGCACUCUGGAAGGUUCCUGAACUCUUACCGGCUUUCAUUCUCAAGGGUGGUGAGGUGUCUCGUUUUGUGAUUGGUGGUGCAGAUUUGAUGUUUCCUGGUAUUAGUAUACCUGCAGAAGGUCUACCUUCAUUUUUAGCAGGGGAAGCAUGGGCUGUAAAAGUCCCUAGCAAUCCAGCUCCUAUUGCUGUUGGGUCUACUACCAUGAGCAGUGUAGAAGCAUUAAAAGUUGGUUUAAGAGGAAAGGCUUUGCGUAUAACACAUUACUAUAGGGAUUCACUUUGGGAGUCUGCAGAGGGCCAUUAUGUGCCAAAUGCAGGAUUCUUGGAAGAUGUUGUCCUUCAAGAUCCUGCUUUAUUACCGGUUUGUCAAACAUCUGAUAAAUGUACAGAUGCAAACAAUGCUUCUAGUGAUGAACAAAAUGGCACUGACAAGGCAGAAAAGGGGGAAUUGGUGGAUGUCCAAGAUAUCCAUCAAGAAGAAGAGCUUGCUACCUCAAUACAGACUGAUAUUAAAGAUCCUAUAGAAGAAAUAACCACAGAAAUGAGUGGAUUGAAGGCAACUGAUGAUAUUUCCACUGAAGAAUUGAAUGGUGAGAAGGAACAACAUGCUCUAUCUAGUGAAGAAGUUGAUAUGCUUUUAGACAAAUGCCUUUUGCAAGCCUUGCGCACAAGUGUGACAGAUAAAUACUUACCAAUGCCUGGAAGCAUAUUAUGGUCAAACCAUGUAUUGCCUUGCAGACCUCCAGGUACCACACUUGAUAUCAAAAAGUCAUCGCAUAAGAAACUCUCGAAGUGGUUACAUUCCAAGGCAUCUGCUGGAUGGGUUGUAGUAAAGGAAGAUAAGUACAAAAAGGAAGUUAUAUUGUUUUCUGUUAACCGCAAACACAAAGACUACAUAUCCUUCAUACCAGAGAAGCGGCAGGAAGAGAUAGUUGAUGACACUAGUGAUCCUUCAGCAAGUGAUGGUCGGCAUCAGAGAAAGCAACUUGAGGUGGCAGAGAUCUACAAGUCAAGUGUGCAUGUCAAUCCCAUUUUUGCUUCUCUAGGAAUUGAUACAGGAAAAUUUUUCACUGCAGCAGAAGCUACAGAUAUUGUUUUCAGGUAUGUAGAGAGUCAACAUCUGGCCAAAGGAGGAUUAGAUAAGGCCAUUGUGGUUUUGGAUGCAACAUUAUGUGAUGCUCUUUACAAGGGAACAGUUAAGAAAGGAUCUAGCUACCCAACUGAGAUUCAUAAGAAAGAUUUAGGUGGUAUGUUCCUAAGCCGUAUGCAAGCGCACUAUAGGGUGACUAGAGGAAAUGAAUCAGUUGUCAGAAAAGGUGCUCUGAAAUCCAUUCAGAUAAUGACAGAGAGGCGGCAAGGAAACAAGAAAGUUACAAGGGUCUCUGGGUUGGAGUCAUUCUUAGUGGAUGCUGAAGUAUUGGCUUCAGAGCUGCAGAAGAAGUUUGCAUGCAGUACAUCUGUGGCAGAACUACCUGGUAAGAAGGGUUAUGAGGUUCUGGUUCAAGGAGGUGUCAUUGAUGACCUGGCAAGGCACCUUGUUGAACACUAUGGCAUUCCAAAAAGAUAUAUCGAGGUACUUGAUAAAACCAAGAAAUGAUAAAUUGGUGGUAUCUUAUACCGGUUAGAAGAUUGAAGAUCUUUUUUAGUCCUUUUUUGGCUUUUCACUCUUCGGUACAUAUUUCCUAAAUAGAGUUGCAAAUAGAACCAGUUUUUGGUUACAUUUUAUAUUUCUUUUGAGCUCUUGACUGGACUCUUCAGGGACAAUUGGUUGGUGCUUGGUAUUCAGUUUGUUACAUGCUGUUUGUUGCUGGUUAACAUUCUAAUGAGUAAAUGUAUGAAGUGGAUGCUUGUGAAAUUGAAUGGUUAUAUGGUUUUGGUUCAGGGUUUGCACGAUGGCCCUUGAUCCUUCCAACUUGAUAAUCUUGAACUA